GUAUCAGCCGUUUUAUGUGAUGACGAAGUGAUGUUGAAUAUUAAACCAGGUCAGCAUGGGUCAACCUAUGGCGGUAACCCAAUUGCAUGUCGAGUUGCGAUCGAAGCUCUGAAGGUUUUACUUUAUGACGUUAAACCUUUCGCGCUUCGAAAUAAUCUCACAUCAGAAGCAGUUUGA